CUACUUGACAGCUCACACUACAUCCAACAAGCUUUUUUCUUAACAGCGUGCGGAAAGUGAGAGACCAUGCAGAAUAUGUUCUGCUGAAGCGAUUCGUUUGCAGGCUUAACGGAUUGAUGUUGACUGCCACUAUAAAGCUUUUCAAAAUCUGUUGCUAAUAAAUCGUAGUAAAUUAUGUCAAGGUACCAUAAAGCUGCCAUUGAUGGCUAUUUGGACCUCUUGAAAGAGGCAACGAGGAAAGACCUGAACGCCCCAGAUGAAGAUGGCAUGACGCCGACACUUUGGGCGGCUUUUCACGGUCACGUCGAAGCGCUUCAGCUUAUCUGUAGCAGAGGGGGAGACCCCGACAGGAGCGACAUUUGGGGUAACACCCCGCUGCACCAUGCGGCCAACAAUGGCCACAUGGCCAUCCUCAGCUUCCUGGUUAAUUUCGGGGCCAACCUCUUCUCCCUGGACAACGACUUCCACAGCGCCAUGGACGUGGCGGCGUCGCGUGACCGCAUGGACUGCGUGCGCUUCCUGGACACCGCCGCCUCGCAGCAGACCGCCCGCAACGCCAAGAAGGUGGCCAAGCUGAAGGAGCAGGCCGCCAAGGAGGCCGAGCGGCGGGUGAAGAUGUGCGAGAAGGUGAAGAAGAGGCACCAGAGCAAGAUGGACCGGCUCCACCGCGGCUCGACGCUCGAACCCGGCCCCUCCGGCCACCCGGGCACCGGCACCGUCAACGGCGUCAGCGAGCAGUUCGACAAACUCCUCGCCUCGGACGCGACGGGCUCGCUCUCGGCUCGUGUCAAGGGCACCCUGCAGCGCAAGUUCGGCAAGAAGGAGAAGGGCGUGGCCGAGGGCCAGGGUGACAGAAACGUCAUCUUCGUCAAGCAGGACAAUGGCACGCUAAGCAGGCCCGGCUUCGUGGACGUCUUCAGUGAGCAGGACGAGAUGGAGGACGGGGAGGAGGAUGGGUCUAGGGGGAUUAACGAGGACGACGAAGGCGAGGAGGAGGAAGAGGAGGAGUCGGGCCCGGCCAAGGAGUCCAUAUUCAACAGGCCGGGGCUGGGGAACAUGGUGUUCCGGAAAAACUUCUCCCUGGAGAUGGGCGUGGAGCCGGAGGAGUUUGCGGGUGCGGACGGCGACGACUUGGGCUUCCGGAUCCGCAGCGAGGUGUUCCAGCCCGAGGAGACAGGGGGCGAUGCGGAGCCCGACCUGCCCUGGAACGACGAGGACAUUGGGCUGGAUGAGGAGGACGAGGAGAUGUCGCCACUGGCGGGGUUCUUGGCGGCGCUGGGCCUGCUGGACUACGCGCCGGUGCUGGCUCGCGAGCAGCUGGAUAUGGAGGCCCUGCUGCUCUGCUCCGACACUGACCUCAAGAGCCUGCGCAUCCAGCUGGGGCCCCGUAAGAAGAUCCUGGAGGCCGCCGCCCGCAGGAAGUCCGCCCUGCAGAACCCCGGAGCCAUGGCCGACUGCUCGCUGUGAGAGAGGAAGAGGAAAGAGGAGGAAGAGCAGGAGUUAAACAGGGUCGAUUUGCGGUUCAGCGUGUUCAGCGUGAUUUUAGGGAUUUUUAUUGCCAUGGAAACUGACGCUGUCGCUGUAUGGUUCUUUCCACUGUAAUCAGCGUGUGUGUGUCUGAGUGUGAGCAUUUCUUAAUGAUACUUUCCAGUACAUGAAGUUGCACCUCUUAAUUAAUUAAUAGUGUGAUUACACAAGAGAGUAUCCACGCAAUAGAAUUGAAUUUGUGUAUGUAUCAAGGAUCCAGUGUCGACCAAAAACAAAAACCUUAGUUUAUAUGUCAUUCAGACAUCAUCUUCAUUUCAGUCAUGUGUAGCAAUUAUUUGUACAUGAAUUUUUUUCUGUAAAAAAAUAUGAUUAAAAAUAAAGUUAAUGUAUGUACACCAA